CAUGCUGUAUAGAAAAUCUAUUGGAUGCAAACCAAAUUUCUAGACUUGGUCUAACAACACUGGAAAUAAGAUGAAAUUGCAAAAAUCUGCUACAAAUAUUUAAAUAAGAUAACAAACUAGAGAUAGUUGAGUGGAACUCACUCUUAACAUCGAAUAUUAGAAGAAAGAGAGAUUUUUAAGAGAGAUUGUUAAAAACUGAGAUAUUCAUUAUUAUUUUAAAGAAAAAGAAUAGACAUUAAACAGCAAAAUUAGUUGAAAAACUUAAGAUGUUACAGGCUGGCUGCACAGGCUGUUAUAGUGGACUCUCUGCUGUUGGAAUGGCUCAUGUUCUUCCCAGAGAGGUUCUAAAAUGGUUGCAAAGUUUAGAGUUAUCUUACCCAAUACAUAAUAGCAAAAGAGAUUUUUCUAAUGGCUACCUAAUUGCAGAAAUAUUUUCUUGGUAUUAUCCCCAAGAAAUUCAGAUGCACAUGUUUCAAAAUGGAAAAUCAAUUGAAUCUAAGAUUAGCAAUUGGUCAUUGCUUCAAAAGCUCUUCAAUCGUCUAGCCUUUAACAUUCCUAAAGAAGAAAUAGAUGCUACAAUUCAUUGUAAAUCCGGUGCUGCAGUGUUGCUUCUUCAAAGAAUAUACAUGACUCUAACCCAACGAAGUGUGCCAGCAUUUGUUGAAUCUGAUAUUGACUUCUCCGACAAUGGUUAUCAACAAAAGCUUCCUUUUCAUGCUCGAUGCACAGCAACAAAGGCAGUCAAGAACAACAUAACAGAAACAGAGUUAUUCAUAAACAAAGACACGAUAGCUUGUACUAAAAAAGCAGAAGAUAUUAUACGUUCGCACAUAAACAAUCGACAUCAACAACGGUUAGACGACCCAGAUAGAUUUGGUAUCAAGCCAACAAUAUGUCAAAGAAGUCCUCGUAAGCUAAUGUGUUCGAAUUUUAUUGAUGAUUGCAAAACUUCUGACCAAUCAGGUGGUUGCGUUUUACAAAAAUCUAACGAAGUACCAAUUGUGAAUGAGAUAAAUGUGAAGCAACAUCUUGCGGUCUCAUCUUUAUCAGUGUUUGAAUGAUUUUGUAUUACUGUUUCUUUUUAAAAGUGUAAUUUUUUGCUGCA